UACGCGUUCACCUUCGAAAAAGUUUUCAAUUGCCCCGCAACGCGAGUACAGUGAUUAGACCUGUGUGGAUGAAUGAGUGGGUGAACCUGUGACAACAACAAUAAGAACAACAACAACAACAAAAUGACACCCAUACAUCUAAAUCGAUGUAUAAUAACCCUCCUACUAUUGUACUUCACACCUUCAACCCUCCAGCAACAAGGUGCCAAUCUCCUCGACGGCCUCAUAAACCUGAUAGACAGUGGCAACCGCCAGCAAAAUGUGUUCGAGCCGAGAGACAUGCCGGUCGACCAGAUGCGACACGAGUACGACUUCAUUGUUGUCGGUUCCGGUACCGCCGGCUGCGUGGUGGCCAACCGGUUAACCGAAAACCCAAACUGGAACGUACUGUUGAUUGAGGCGGGCAGAAGCGAGAACUAUUUGUUCGACAUGCCCAUUCUGGCCAACUACUUACAGUUUUUGGAGACCAAUUGGAGAUACAAAACGGAGCCCAGCGGCAAAUUUUGCAUGGGCAUGGACAAUGGCCAGUGCAACUGGCCAAGAGGCAAAGUAAUAGGAGGAUCAUCAGUACUGAACUACAUGAUCUACACGAGAGGUAACCGCAGAGAUUACGACCACUGGGCCGAUAUGGGCAACACAGGCUGGUCCUUCAAGGACGUCUUACCCUACUUUAAAAAAGUCGAAAAUUUCACCAUUCCCGAGUACAAAGACUCCCCCUACCACAACAACGACGGUUAUUUGGGCGUCAGCUACGCCCCGUACAAGACUAAAAUCGCUGACGCCAUCAUCGAGGCCAGCGAACAAAACGGGUUCGACUACGUCGACUACAACGGAGCCACACAAGUUGGAGUGUCCAGGUUGCAGGUGAGCAUGCGCGAAGGCAUCAGAGAAAGCGCCAGUCGUGCCUACUUGCACCCCGUCAGAAACCGCCCCAAUUUGCACGUUAAGAAAUUGUCGAUGGUGACCAAGAUCCUCAUCGAUCCGGAAACUAAACAAGCCUACGGCGUGGAGUUCGUGAACAACAACAAAAUGUACUCAGUUAGGGCCAAAAAGGAAGUUGUCAUUUCUGGAGGUGCCAUCAACUCCCCCCAAUUAUUGAUGCUGAGUGGCAUCGGACCUAAGAAGCAGCUAACGAAGAUGGGUAUUCCGGUCAUCAGUAACUUGAAGGUCGGCCACAAUCUCAUGGAUCACAUAGCUUUGGGUGGUUUGACUUUCAUUGUGGACAAGAACAUCCAGUCCUUGCGCACGGAUAAAAUUAUAACGACCGAAAACUUGAAGCUGUACUUCAACGAGCACAAAGGCCCGAUGGCCAUUCCCGGAGGAUGUGAGGUGCUAGUAUUCCAAGACCUGGAUAAUCCACAGGAUAAAGACGGAUACCCCAGCAUAGAGCUGUUGUUCCAAGGUGGUUCCAUUGUAUCCGACCCAGUCCUGCGCAAAGACUUCGGAAUAACCGACGAGAUAUUCAACCAAGUUUACAAGCCCAUAGAAAACGAGGAAACCUUCAUGGUGUUCCCCAUGUUGAUGAGACCAAAGAGCAAGGGCCGACUGAUGUUGAAGAGCGCUAGCUAUAAACACAAACCCUACAUCUUCCCCAACUACUUCGACGACCAAAAGGACGUGGACACGAUUGUGCAAGGUGUACGCCUCAUUUUGAACAUCACCUCGCAGCCUGCGCUGAAAAAAAUAGGCGCCCGCCUCCACAACGUGCCCAUACCUCAAUGCGCCCACUUCACCUUCGCCUCCAACGAGUACUUCGAGUGCAUGGCGAGGCAUUUCACCUUCACGAUCUACCACCAGAGUGGCACGUGCAAGAUGGGGCCCAGUAGUGAUAAGAAAGCCGUAGUCGAUCCUAGACUGAGGGUGUAUGGUGUUAAGGGGUUGAGGGUAGUGGACGCCUCGGUUAUGCCGGAGAUUCCGGCCGGACACACGAACGCACCCACGUUUAUGAUUGCAGAAAAGGGUGCGGACAUGAUCAAAGAGGAUUGGGGAUAUAACUAAUGUUGAGGAGGAGGAGAGAAUUAUAUUCUGAAUUAAGUUCAAAUAUUUUGUAAAUAGUAGUUGUAUAGUGUAAAUAUAAGUCUUUGUUAAGUAUGUAUAAGGAAUAAAGAAAAUUAAAAAAAAAUGGCGUUUAUUUUGAUGUGUGUUAGGG